AUUCAUGUUAAACCAACAUUAUAUUUAAUCAAAGAGAAAAACAAGUAAAUUGAUAUUUUACAGAGAAAUAAGAGAGAAAUAGUUAAAUAUUUAGAUAGAAAAAACAUGUUUGAUCUGUCCACUAUCUCUUCCUCUCGAAUUCCGAAUUUGGGCGGUAUAUGGGCUAAUGACCAUAGCCUUAAGCCCAUAACCAUUUCGAUAAAAAUUUAAAAAAACUAUGUGAUAACCGCAGGCUCCAGUCUCCUGAGAGAUUGUCUUUCAAAUCCAGUCCAUUAAAACUUAAUGUUACUCUUACUAUAUUUUCCUUUAUGGACUGAUCCAAUCAGAGAUAUUCUCUUAAAGAAAACGUUUCUCACUCACAAGAAUUUGUGAUGUUAUAAUAUUACAAAAAAAUAAAAAAAAUAAGGCAAAAUUAUAAGAAACUACCUAAUCUAUACCCCUUUUUUUAAAAAAACUACCUUAUGUAAAAGUUUUUGCAAAAAACUACCUUAUAUAAUACAAAUCUUUGCACAACACUACCUUUUGACGGAUUUCGUUUGUUGACCAUUACUUUUGGUCGUUGACCAUCACGUGACUCUUAAACUUCCUUCUUCAUCUCAUUUUCGCAUUCCUUUGUUUCUGAAGCUUUCUUUGACGCGAUUUCCUCAAACCUGUAACUCCUAAAUUUGCUCCCAUCCUCCUCUUAACUACAUCUCGUUGAAAGUUCUAACCUAUACUGGUAUGUACUACUACUCAUUUAUGGUUUUCUACUUCAAUGUUGUACUUUAAGCAUAAUUUAAAAUUUAUUUCGUUUUAGAAAUUUGAUUCCUUUUGCUGCGUUUUUUCUUUUGAAUUUGUUGUUUUUUAUCUUGGAAUUUGUAAAUUGAUUGUUGUUGUGUCUAAAUAAUGUAUUAGGGUUCCUAAAAUUAGCUAAAUCAAUAGACAAGAUGAAGAAAUUGAAAAUCUGGAAAAAAGCAAGUAGGUCGAAAAAGAAGGACUCAUAGUUGGCAACUGAGGUGGGUAAUGUUAGGGUAGAUGAGGUGGAGAUUGAAAGAUCUGAUGUGGUACAUAAGGUUGUGGAUGAGUUGGAAAGAGCAAAUGUAGAUGUUGAUGUUGGGCAAAAGGGACCACCAAUCACAGAUACGGGUUAUAAAAAUUCUUUAAGUGCUAACCCUAGAUCUAAAACAGAUAACCCAGCUGCUAUUUCUACCCUAAACCUUACAGCAAAUAAGAGAGCUCACAUAGAGCAGCAAGUUCCUGAUUUUGAUGAUAGUACUAAUGAUGAUUAUAGUUGUGGUGAUGAGGAUGAAUAUGAGGAUGAUUCUGAUUUUGUAUGCAGAAAAUGUGGUUUAUGGUCUUGAUGAUGUGUUUAUAGGUGAUGAUGAAAUUAGAUUGGUAGUAGAUAAGGAUAUUGAUGAAGAAAACAAUAGAGACAUAUACCAUGCUAUUGAAUGUGGUUACAAUUAUUAUUACCUGCAUAAUGGUAGAAGUAGGAUCAGUGUGUAUUGCUACAAUAGAUGCGAUUGUAGUAAAUCGAAAGCAAGAAUUGUGAACUGUGUUUGUGGGAAGGAGAAGAAGUGUUAUUUUAAGGUUCAUGCUGUGAAGUUGAAAGAUGAGGAGACACUUCAAAUAAGGAUUUAUUUUCCAAAGAACACUUGUGGUCACCAACACCAAAAUAAUAAAGUCACUGCUUUGUAUUUAGCUGAGAAAUACAUAGAAGAUUGGAGGGAAAAUCCAACUUGGAAAUUAAAGGCAUUUGAGAAACGGGUUAAUAGAGAGUUAGGUUAUGAAGUGAAGUAUUCUAAGUUUUAUAUGGCUAAAAGAAUUGCAAUGAAAAUGAUAUUUGGUGAUGCUAGUGAAGAGUAUAGCAGGGUGUGGGAUUAUGCGGAAGCAAUAAGGAGGUUUAAUCCAGAAAGCACUGCCAUCGUUAAAUGCAUUGGAAUAGACACACCCCCACCUUUGUUCCAAAGGAUGUAUAUAUGCUUGCCAGCAUGUAAGGAGGGUUUUGUUGCUGGCUGUAGGCCUGUUAGAGGUGUUGAUGGGGCACAUUUGAAGGGAAAAUUUCUUGGGGUUUUGUUGACUGCUGUAGGUAAAGAUGGGAACAAUAACAUCUUCCCCGUUGCAUGGGCUGUGGUCAAAACAGAAAAUGUAGAAACUUGGACUUGAUUUCUAAAUCUCCUCGUAGAAGACCUUAGGUCGGUUACUACAUCGAGUAGUUGGGUACAAGCAGGAGGUGAAGCUUUCACCUUCAUGAGCGAUAGGCAAAAGGGUUUGGUUGAAGCUUUCAACUCAGUGAUUCCUGAAGCUGAAAUUAGGUUCUGCUGCAGGCAUAUAUGGGCGAACUUCAAGAUCAAGUUCCCUGGAGAGUUGUACAAACAACACUUUUGGAGAAAAAUAAAAGCUUACAACAAGGUAUAGAAUCAAGUAUACAUACAAAUAUUUGAGAUCAUGUCAAACUAAUUAGUAAUAAUUUACCUUCACAGUUUCAUUUUGAUAGAGAAAUGAAUGAAAUAAAGAAUAUUUCUGUUGAAGCAUAAGAAUAUCUAGCUGCUAUUCCUACAAAACACUGGUCUAGGCAUGCUUUUUCUAGUAGGAGUAAGUCUGGGAUGUUGUUAAAUAAUUGUUGUGAGGCAUUCAAUAAUGUGUUAGUAGAAGCAAAGGGGAAGCCUAUAAUUUCUCUAAUGGAGUGGAUCUAAAAGGGAAGGGCUGAGUAACUUUGAAGGUGUGUUGAUGCCAUCUAUCAGCAAAAUCAUUGAAAAAAAAUGCAAAGGAUAUAUAUGGUUUAAGGGUAAUCCCAGUGGAUGUGUUAGAGUUUGAGGUAGAUGAUGACGAUGACUCUUACGUUGUAAAAUUGGCCAAUAAGACUUGCCAUUGUGGAAGUUGGAAACUUAUUGGGAUCCCUUGUAAACAUGUCAUGGCUUGAUUGUUCUUAGAAAAUUAGAUGCCAACAAAUUUGUCCACGAGGUGUAUCUUGUAGAAACGUAUGCAAAGACGUAUGGUCCAAAGUUUUAUGGUAUGCUAGGACACAAAAUGUGGCCCACAACCACUUUAGCCAGACCACUUCCUCCACCAUUUCGAACUAUGCCUGGAAGGCCUAACAAGAGGAAAAGAAGGAAGGAAGCUGAUGAAGGAAAAGGAGGUAAGAAGCCUGUAUGUGCUGUUAGAGAAUUCAAGGAACGGAGAUAUGGUAAUUGUGGUAACCUAGGUCACUACAAAAAAGGCUGCAAGAAUCCACCCAAACCACCACCAACAAAGAUCAAGUCAAAGGGUGGAAGGCCUAAAAAGGGAUCUUCUUCUAGUCAAUAGUCUACAACAAAUAAUGUGCCUAGCUCCAAUAGUUAACAACAAACGCAAACUACAACAACUGCAUCUACUUCAUGUGUAAUGGAUCAAAUUAGUCAAAUAUAGAGCUCACUUUAAAUAUUAAAAGUAAGAAAUUUGGUGUUGAAUGUAAUGUGUUGAACUAAUGUAAGAUAUAUAUUAGUAUAAGUUUUAUGA